ACUUCCAACAUGGCGGCGCCCCGUGUGGCUGUGACCGUGGAGGGAAGCUGCGUGGAAACAGGACUCGGUCAGUCACAGACAGCCGCCGGAGGUGUGAAGAAACCUCUGUUUGGAACUCGUUUCCUCACAGACCCGGGACAGGUGUUCCAGCACAACGCCUGGGACAAUGUGGAAUGGACUGAUGACCAAGAAGCAGCUGCCAAGAAGAAGGUUCUUGAAAACAGUCAGCCACUGCCUCCAGAGAAACAAGAGGAAUAUGACACCCGGGCCAAUGAGUACUGGAAUGAUUUUUACACCAUCCAUGAGAAUCGUUUCUUCAAAGACCGUCACUGGCUCUUCACUGAAUUUCAGGAACUGGCCCCACAUUGUCGUCUUAACCGUGAAUCACCUCCUAAAGUGUUGGACAGAAACGUUAAUCAGCAGCUUGGACUGGAUCAGGAAGGCUUCGGGAACGCCGGUGCUGUGCUGCAUGCUGAUGGUGACCUUCCCGGCUCUUCUGCCACAUAUCGCAUUCUGGAGGUUGGCUGUGGCGUGGGCAACACGGUUUUCCCAGUACUGAAGACCAACAACAACCCAGGACUCUUUGUGUAUUGCUGUGAUUUUUCCAGCUUUGCUGUGGAUUUAGUCAAGUCUAAUCCAGAGUACGACUCCAGGCGCUGCUAUGCCUUUGUUCACGAUUUAAGCGAUGCCGACUCCAACUACCCCAUUCCUGACGGAACCCUAGAUGUUAUAGUACUAAUCUUCGUGCUGUCUGCGUUACACCCCAACAAGAUGCAGGCGUCCAUCAGCAGAUUAGCACAGUUACUGAAGCCUGGGGGAGUGAUCUUGCUCAGAGACUAUGGACGUUAUGACAUGGCACAGCUCCGCUUCAAGAAAGGAAGGUGUCUUUCAGAAAACUUUUAUGUCCGUGGUGACGGAACACGAGUAUAUUUCUUUACGCAAGAUGAGCUUCACGAAAUGUUUGUGAGUGCAGGACUUGAGAAAAUGCAGAACCUUGUGGACCGAAGACUUCAGGUGAACAGAGGCAAACAGCUUACCAUGUACAGGGUUUGGAUCCAGUGCAAGUACCGAAAGCCUCUUGUUCACGCAUCUGAGAUGCGGAGCUGAGAUCCUGUCUGUCCUCAUGACUACAGCUGACAUCAAGACAGUGCUGUCUCUUCAUUAUAUUUCUCUGAGGACAUGGAGAAACUGUUUUGUGAUUUUGAAUGAAGGGAUGCAAGAUGACUGCUAAUGACUGAUGGCCCAGUGUGUGGGUGAAGCAACGACAGCAGGAUACUGUUUUUUCACUGGCAUGUGUGACUGUGGACAAGAUAACUCAAAAGCAGCGUAACAGAAUUCCUUCAAACUUGGUAGGAUUAUUAUGUGGGUAGACCUCUAGAGCUGAUUAGAUUUUGGAGUAGUUAGGUCAAAGGUCAAGGAAAACAUGGUUUGAAAAACAUUUUUUUUUUGUAUAGCUCAACAUCCAAGGAGCCUAGAUAGUUGAUCUAAAGCGUAAUUUGAUCAGCAAAGUAUUUGAUUGUGUGAAUGAAUGUUGAAUCAUACACAGUCAAAAACACCAUGUAUAUUUACUUUUACAUUUACAGCGGCGUGUAGAGCGUGCAGGGUAUGCAUCAAGCCUAUGACACCUGCCAUUUUACGACUGUAAUGCCAUCUCAUGCUACUACAGUAGCAGAUUAUAUUAUUGAUGCAAAAAAGGCAUAUUACUCCUGUAUAAGUUGUAUUGUUUGUUUUUAAAUUCACCCAAAAUAAAG